CCAUAAUUCUCGCCGGUGGGGAGCUUUCUCGUUGAGCGCGAUCGCGCGAUAUGGAAAGACUUAAAUUGAAAGUCACCGCCAGAUUGGAAUUCAGACAGUGUUUAGUUCUGCGACAGCCAACACAAAAAUAAAAUCUAACCCAGUAUGUCCCUUUCCGAGCAAUUCAACGCCGCCGCCGAGAAGGUGAAGAGCCUGACCAAGCGUCCCAGCGACGAGGAGUUCCUGGAGCUGUACGCCCUGUUCAAGCAGGCCAGCGUGGGCGACAACGAUACCGCCAAGCCGGGACUCCUGGACCUGAAGGGCAAGGCCAAGUGGGAGGCCUGGAACAAGCAGAAGGGCAAGAGCAGCGAGGCUGCCCAGCAGGAAUACGUCACCUUCGUGGCCGGUCUGGUGGCCAAGUACGCUUAAGGGCAUUCAAGCCAUUAAACCACCCAACCAACCACCAAUUAGCGAUCUUAACUCAGCUAGAGACUAUACACCUAUAAUGUUACCUUUAAUGCGGAAUAAACUUUGUAUGUUAAUUUUGUACUAAAA